GCGGCGGGGCGGUUUGGUCCCGGAGUUUGGUCCGGGGUAGGGGGAGGUCAGAUGGAGUGGGGACCCGGUACCUAACAGCGUGGUGGCAUGCGCCAGUUUUGUGAUGUUUUUGGCCGGGGCCGGGUUUGAACCUGCCACCUCUGAUAUAUGGGGCCGGCGCCCUACUCCUUUGAGCCACAGGCACUGCCCUGUAUAUCUCACAUUUUAAAGAGCUUAAAGGACUCAGCUAAGCAGAACGUGAAGCGAGGACUGUGGAGCCAUCUACCCAGAAACUGGUAGCACCUUCAGCAGUUCUGUAGACGGCAACCUCUUCCUGGACCGCUUCUGACUGUGUUCACACCAACAUUGUAGAACUAAUAGAAAACGUCACUUUUCACCAUGAAGGAUUCUUCUGGAGAUGUUGGUUUAAUGGGGUUGUGGAAGAGAAUGAUUCUAAUGUUUGGAAGUUCUGGUACACCAAUCAGCCACCAUCCAAGAACUGCAUGCACGCUUACCUGUCCCCAUACCCCUUCAUGAGAGGCGAGCACAAUUCCACCUCCUACGACUCUGCAGUUAUUUACCGUGGUUUCUGGGCAGUCCUGAUGCUCCUGGGGGUAGUCGCUGUGGUCACUGCCAGCUUUUUGAUCAUCUGUGCUGCCCCCUUUGCCAGCCAUUUUCUCUACAAAGCUGGGGGAGGCUCGUACAUUGCUGCAGGCAUCCUGUUCUCCCUGGUGGUGGUGCUGUAUGUCAUCUGGGUCCAGGCAGUAGCAGACAUGGAAAGCUACAGAAACAUGAGAAUGCGAGACUGCCUGGAUUUCACCCCUUCUGUUCUGUAUGGCUGGUCAUUUUUUCUGGCCCCAGCGGGGAUAUUUUUUUCUUUGCUAGCUGGAUUACUAUUUCUAAUUAUUGGACGGCACAUUCAGAUCCAUCACUAAAUCAACUGUUGCCACAAGUAUUGUCUUGAGAGAUUUUUUUAAACAGAGAAUACCUGUCUUUCUUUUUCUCCAUUUUGUUUCAAUGAUCCCAGCAUAAAAUUAAUUGAUGUAAAUUUUAGUUGCUAUUUGAUUUAGUCAUUUUAUUUGUGAUUUCCUCUGACGAGAAGGUCCUAGAAUCUCUGUGAUCACCAGAAGGUUUCCAUCUUGUCUAAAAGCAAUCCAGGACCUAGCUCUGUAGGAACUAGGCAAAUGGGUCUUCCUUUCAUGGGACAUGUUAGAGCUCAUGCAGGUGGCAAAGGCCUGCUUAUGGCAUACCACCAUCACAUGGGGAAAAUCUAGGCUUCACAGAAAAUCUCCUUCCUGGGGUUCAUUUCUGCUAAUUUUUAAAAAAGGAGUCUUUGGAGAAUAAUUAAGAAUAAAAAACAAAUAUUGUCAGAGAA